CUAGGUCAUUUGGGUUGGGUUUCAUACAAGGAGUAAAAAACGAAUGAUUUGGGCUGGGGUAAUGAUGCUGCUAUUAUCUUUUGGGGAGGUAUAUACACUCACUUUUCCUAUUUUCUGAUUUUUAUUUUUCUAAGUUUCUGCAAAGUUAGAAAUAAAAUACAAGAACGUUCACAUAUUUACAAAGCUCUUCCUAUUUUUAUGAUUUUAUUUUUUUAUUUUUUUAGUUUCCUGCAAAGUUGUCAAUCUGAGGAUUUGUUUUGGACUUUAGAGCUUGACAAUGACACAUUUGAUUUUCAAUUUCAUAAAGCUAUAUAAAUAUGAGGGAUUUGCUUAGUUGUUGUUUGCUGUGGCAAUGCAUAAUUAAUUAUAUAUCGUCGUGACCUCCCCAUGGAAAAUGUGGUGAAUAAAAUAUGCAACGAGGAGGCCAAGUUGCUGGAAUUGUUCGUCUUUCUCCUCCAAGUAACCUGAAAAACAGGAAGUAAAGUUGUUCUGCCGUUGUAGAGGGGACCAAAUAAAUUAAAUAUUUACAUUUGUCAUGGCCACUAAUGCAAUGCAUCAAUGUUGUGGAAGAAAUUCUGGUUUAGAAAAAGCUUGUAUAUGCAGCACAAGCUCACCGGAUUUAUUAUCAGAGAGACAAGAUGGCCGCCAUGAGUGUCCAAGAAAUGUCCAUCAAUGGUGAUCAACCACCGCCUGAAUAUAUUGUCAAAGAAAGCAGUUUUGGAUGUAUAGAGUCUUCCCCACCAUUAGCUGAUCAAAUUCCCAUCAUUGAUAUCAGUCUCUUCUCACCAUCAUCACUUGAAUAUUCUGAACAAGCAGAGAAUCAUGAGCUACAGAAACUUAGAACAGCUCUCAGCUCAGCAGGAUGCUUCCAGGCAAUCGGUCAUGGGAUAUCAGAUUCAUUUCUUGACAAGGUACGUGAAGCUGCAAAACAAUUCUUUGCACUUCCAGUUGAAGAGAAGCAAAAAUACUCCCGAGCACUCGAUGGCGGCUCCGAAGGAUAUGGGAAUGAUGUCAUAGUGUCGGAGAAGCAAGUUCUCGAUUGGUCCUACCGUCUCACUCUCAGAGUCUUCCCACAAGACCAAAGAAGACUUCAUCUUUGGCCACAAAAUCCAAAUGAUUUUGGAGAGAUGUUACAUGAAUAUGCAACGAAGAUAAAGUUGAUGAUGGGGGUCGUGUUCAAGGCCAUGGCAAAGUCGUUGGAUUUGGAAGAGGAUAGCUUUGCAAAGCAGCUGUUUGGAGACCAAUCCCUGCUGCAAGCAAGAUUCAACUUCUAUCCACCGUGCUCGAGAUCCGAUCUGGUUCUCGGUGUCAAGCCUCAUACAGAUAGGUCUGGCAUGACAGUUCUCUUGCAAGACAAAGAUGUGGAAGGUCUUCAAGUUUUGAUAGAUGGUAAAUGGGUUAGAGUCCCCAUUGUUCCUCAUGCUCUUGUUCUUAACCUUGGUGAUCAGAUGCAGAUUAUGAGUAAUGGUAUAUACAAGAGCCCAAUGCACAGGGUGGUGACAAAUACAGAGAAGAUGAGAUUGUCUGUUGCUUUGUUUAAUGAACCAGAUCCUGAAACUGAGAUUGGUCCUGUGGAACACUUGAUAGACGACGAAACAAGGCCAAGGUUAUACAAAAGUGUCAAGAAUUAUGGUCGUAUCAACUAUGAAUGCUAUCAGAGAGGGGAGAUUGCACUUGAAACAGUCAAAAUCUAAUUGUUCUUCACUCUGUAUCUUUCAUUUACCUGAAGCUAAUAAAUAGUUACCUUUUGAUGAAAAAGAAGAACAAGAAAGAGACUGGAAAUGUAUGUUAGAGAAACUCUAUCCUUAUUUCCUUAAAGCCAUUUCAAACAUUUUUGCAGAUACGGGCAGCCAGCCAGAUAUCCAUAGACAUAAAGUUUAUUUUUAUUUUUUGAUGUGAACAUCAAUGUUAUGUGCUGGAUAGAGGAACAAUAAAGGAGAAUUACAUUUUCACUGCAUCAAGA